AUGGUGGAGCCCUGGCGCUGUGGCAAAGGAGGUCCGCUGGCGGCCGCUGCGGCGACCAGUCGGCUUCGUGCCAGCUUUGGACGAGUUGCGCCCAUUGCGCCGUUGGGAAUUCCGCCUGGCCGAUGGGUCGAGCUCCCGUCGACGCUUCCUGGAUGGGCAUGCUGGCCAGUGCCUCUGUGCUUGUGUGCAGCUGUCGCCCGCAGAGCGGCACGAGACUCCUCUCAGUUGGAGGACGACCUGGACCAGUUGAGAAGGCAGCUGGAGCUUCCAGCAGCGCCGAGGAGACUUCCGAGCACGAAGGGUGUCCCGUAUGCUGGGCAUCCAGACGGCCCUACUGGUGAAGAGCUCGAGGCCAUGGUGGAUGAGCUCGUGCCGGACUCUCGGAGGAACAAUGCUGGCAUCUUCGAUCCGCACACAGACAACCCACUCACCAAGGGCAUUGACCUCAUGACUCGGGCCAGCAAAGCAUCAGAGCGCUUGAUUUGCUGCCGUGGGUGCGGGAUCCCGCUUCAGACGCAUGACCCAGACAACGUUGGUUAUGUGCGCUUCUCGAACUACCUCCAGAAGUGGUCGCAGCGACUACACCGAAAGCUGCUUUGCUCCCGCUGCCUGGAUUUGGAGCAAGGGCAGCUGGUCCCGGUGGUGAAGGAGGUGAUGGCCGAAGGCGAAGUUGGCUUUGGAGGGAAGGUAGUACCGGCAGACGUUCUGGCCCAGCAGUUGCGGACCAUCUCGAAACGGCGCUGUUUGGUUGUGUACAUUGUGGAUGUGCUGGACUUCAACGGCUCGUUUAUACGCAAGAUCCGCCAGAUUGUCGGGAAGAAUCCUGUCAUCUUGAUCGGAACCAAGAUUGAUCUCUUGCCACCCAAGACGAAGCUGGAGCUGGUGGAGAAGUGGCUGCUGUACAUACUGCGCAAGAAGAAGCUGCGAGUUGUGAAUGUAAAGCUUGUCAGCAACGAGACGGGGAAGCAUAUUAAUCAUGCAGUGAAUGCUAUCAUUGAAGCACGAUCGGGCAUGGAUGUGUUCGUCGUGGGUGCAGCCAAUGCUGGCAAGUCUCGAUUCAUCACGCGUCUACUGGACCGGCUGGAGGUGAAAUUUCCGCAAGGCAAAGUGGAAGACUGUCCCCGGCCCAUUGUGUCGCGGACGCCCGGGACGACAUUGGGCACCAUCCAGCUAAGGGCAUUCCGCAGAUCUGCAACCUCGCCGGUCUUCGCCAGCCUCUAUGACACACCAGGUGUGCAUCAGCCCAACAGCAUGCAAAAUUUGCUGGACAUUGGCGCUUACAACUAUGUGCAGCCCACGAGGCUGUGGGCAUGGGUAUGGCAACGGGCACGACGCCAUUAG